AUGGAGAGUUUUCUUAGGCUCCGAGAUCUUCCAAGUUUCCGUCGUGCAAUUGAUCUAUCAGAUUGUAAACUUCAACAUGUGUUUGAGACUCAUUCUGCCACCAGCAGCUAUGGCCUAAUACUGAACGCAUUUGAAGAACUAGAAGAGUUCUCCUUAGCCCAUUUUCGCACUAAAUUUCAGAAAGUGUACACAAUUGGACCCAUACAUGCCAGCUUGAAAACAAAGACAACGGUGCAGAUGGGAUCAUCUAGUGGACUCAAGGAUGAGGAAAGUGAAUGCAUGGCAUGGUUAGAUGAUCAGGCAUUGAAAUAUGUAGUUUAUGUGAGUUUUGGCAUGACAGGUACGGGAGGUCUGGAAGAUUCGAUUGGACAUGAGAGUUAUAAUGGAGAGAAUGGUGAAAGAAUUGAUGGAUGUGAGGAGGGAGGAGUUUACGAAAUCAACUAA